UGUUUAUGUGAAAGCUCGCAGCUAACAGUCAGUCCCCGACAGACCUUCAGACCCUGGACAGAACACGUGUACCGUAGUGUCACCACCCGCCUGGGUGCCAUGGUCGUCUUUCACAGAUGAGCUCUACUAUGUGGUACAUCAUGCAAAGCAUUCAAAGUAAAUACUCUUUGUCCGAGCGGCUCAUCCGCACCAUCUCAGCCAUCCGCUCAUUCCCGCAUGACAACGUGGAGGAUCUCAUUCGUAAGGGAGCUGAUGUGAACCGGAUGCAUGGCACACUUAAGCCCUUGCACUGUGCGUGUAUGGUCGCUGAAGCUGACUGUGUGGAGCUGCUGCUGGAGAAGGGGGCUGAGGUGAAUGCUUUGGAUGGAUACAACCGCACUGCACUGCACUAUGCUGCAGAGAAGGAUGAGAGCUGUGUGGAGCUGCUGUUGGAGUAUGGGGCCCAGCCAAACGCCCUGGACGGCAACAAAGACACUCCACUUCACUGGGCGGCCUUCAAAGAUAACCCAGAAUGUGUGAGGGCCCUGCUAGAGAGCGGGGCCUGUCCCAAUGCGCGGGACUACAACAAUGACACUCCUCUGAGCUGGGCAGCAAUGAAGGGCAACCUGGAAAGUGUCAAAGUGCUUCUAGACUAUGGAGCCUUGGUCCAUGUGACCAACCUGAAGGGCCAGACUCCUAUCUCCCGACUGGUGGCCCUGUUGGCCCGGGGCCUGGGCACUGAACAGGAGGAGGAGUGCCUUGAGCUGCUGUGCCGGGCAGCAGGGCGAUUUGAGAUCCGAAAGGCGGACGGCACCCUUCCCAGGGAGCUGAGCAAAGAUCCCCAGCUGCUGGCGAGGCUGACCACCAUGGUGUCUCAUGCUCCGACUCUGCGCUCUCUGGCGCGCUGUGCCGUCCGCUCGAGUCUGGGAGUGCAGUUCUUCCCUGAUGCUGUAAAAGAGCUUCCCUUACCAGAGACUAUCAAAGACUAUCUUCUGCUGAGAGAAUGAGGGGAUGAAACCACUGGAUGAUCAUUAGACAACUCAUCACACAUCUACUGGCAAGAAAGGCUUCCCAUUGAGUUAUAGGCAAGCGGCUGACACGGGCCCUCAUUUAUUCUACUUUUUUCAAAUCCGUACAGAUGUAUGCACCCGGAGAGAUGAACAUUACAUUAUGUAGUGCACAACAUCUCCGUGAGCUGUUUAUUUUAUUUGAGCAGAUUCGGCUGUAAGAGCCCACCUCCCCCUCUGCAUUAUCUUUAUGUUGUCAUACUCCUGUCUUGCUUAAAGAAAUCGUUGGUGCAACCAAUCCAUCACAUUUUUUUGUAGAAUGGAAAUCCAACCCAAUCAUAGGCAAAUUUCUACAAUGAUGGACCUCAUCAUUUGACAACAUGUAGUGUGUCCCAUCACCCAAGCUUAUUAAUUUGUUUAACUUAAAUUUGAGGUAAAAACAAGUAUGCUGUUAUUGCUUGUCACGGAGGACGAUGAAACAAAGUUAAAUAUAAAGUGUGUUGGUAAAACGGGGAUGUACGAUUAAAUUCAAACAUAAGAAUUAAAGGUUAUGGAUAAGGGCUUAUGUCUGAUGCUGCAGGUUGUCCAGUAAUUCAUUCAGAGGAUGCAGACCCUGAAGCAGUGCUCUGGAGAAAAUGUUGAGUUUGUCUCAGUAAACUCACAGUGAAGAAAAUAUUGAAAAAAACAAAUGAAAAAAUAAUAAUAAAUUUAAUUUUAUCUGUGUAUGUAUUAAGUAUAAGCAACAAAAUGUGUCAGAGUAUUAUAAUUUGAAUGUGCCAGGCAGGCGUAUCUAACCUCCAUCUAAUUUUCUGAAAAAGUUCAUCACUGAUAAGAAGUCGAUGUCAACAUGCCUGCUGUCAUAUGGGAUUUAGUAUUUAUUUGGCCUCUGUUUUAUUAAAGCUGUUGCAGUUGCCAUAAGGAAUAAGUUCUUUUUUAAAAUAUAUUUUCAUAUGUACGUUUCCAGUCAAAACAUGCAGGAGCUUGGGUUUUUCGAUGGGUGCUAACAGGCCCGACAUUUUGCACCAUAUGUUUUAAUUUUGAUUUAAAUGAAAGGUUUAAAUGUCAGAACGAUGAAAUGGUAUGAUUCCUAAGCAAAUAUCCUCUAAAAAAAUCCCGCAAAAUGUGUUAAGUUUGUUAAUGUAUCUGUCCAAACUCUGGCCGCUUCUGUGCUUGAUUUUGUUUUGCUUGCUCUGCAGAUGUAUAACAAUGCACCUCUGAGAUCAGGUCUUGUAUGCGCCUGCAUAAGUGCUUUUCUUUUUCUCUGUAAUGAAAGUAAAUGCCUUUAUAUUCCA